CAGAGCCUGUGUGCGUUAGAAAAGCCGGCAUCCCUGGCCAACUCAGGCCCGGGAGAUGAGACCCUGAUGAAUCUCUGCUCCCUUCCGGCUGGAGCCACAGCUCCCUGCAUCUUGGGGCAGGGCUACCACGUCCUCCUCCAUAGGGGUGCAGGCAGCUCCUCCCAGCCACCCUCCCGCAGUUCCCAUCAUCUGGCCCCUCUCCACCAGCCUCUUCUUUCCACACUGCCCCCCGAGUUCAGGGAAUUUCCCCAGCAUCCCAAAGCUUGAGUUUCCUGUCAGGCGGAAGGGAUGAGUGCAAAUAAAAGGAGUGCGGAAAGCAGGAGGAAGACACAGUGCUCCGGAUCCCCCAAUCUCUGCGCCUCCAGGAACUCGCGCCCCCUCGCAGCGCUCUCUUGACCGCUAUGAGCCUCCAGUCCAGCCGCGCGGCCCGUCUCCCCGGUCCUUCGGGCUCCUUGUGCGCGCCGCUGGCGCUGCUGCUGCUGCUGCUGCUGACGGCGCCGGGGCCCCUCGCCAGCGCUGGUCCUGUCGCUGCUGUGUUGAGAGAGCUGCGCUGCAUUUGUUUACACACUACGCAGCGAGUUCCCCCCAAAAUGAUCAGUAAUCUGCAGGUGUUCGUCCCAGGCCCGCAGUGCUCCAUCGUGGAAGUGAUAGCCUCCAUGAAGAACGGGGAGGAAGUUUGUCUUGAUCCAGAAGCCCCUUUUCUAAAGAAAGUCAUCCAGAAAAUUUUGGACGGUGGAAACAGGAAAAUUGAUUAAGAGAAACGAGCACGCAUGGAAAAAUUGCCCAGUCUUCAGCAGAGCAGUUUUCUGGACGUCUCUGGACCCAGGGAAGAUGAGAAGGAAGGUUUUUUUUUUUUUUUUUUUCCUUUUUUUCCAGUAGUUAGCUUUCUUCCUAGAUUCCUCACUUUGAAGAGUGUGAGGAAAACCUAUGUUUGUCCCUUAAGCUUUCAGCUCAGCUAAUGAAGUGUUUAGCAUAAUACCUCAGCUAUUUGCUGCUAUUUUAUCCGCUAUGCUAUUGAAGUUUUUGGCAAUUGACCAUAGUGUGAGCCAAGAAUCACUGGCUGUUAAUCUUUUAAAGUGUCUUGUAUUGAAGUUGACUAUUAUAUUUCCAAGAAAUAUUCUUAAACUGUUAACUGAGAAGGCUGUGGAUUUAAUAUGGAAAUGAUGUUUCAUAAGAAUUCUGUUGAUGGAGAUUCACUGUUAUCUUUAUCUCAUUUUAAGAAAUAGGAAAUAUUUUAAUGUUUCUUGGGGAAUAUGUUAAAGAAUUUCCUUAUUCUUGAUCGUGGAUAUUAUUUAAUUAUUUUGCAUUAGAAAGUUGAGAAUAUCAUACCUUAUCUGUGUAGAAUAUAUUUCCUUAUUCAAAAUUUCUAAAAGUUUAAGCUAUAUGAGGACUAAUAUUUUCUCUAUAUAUAAUUUUAGACAUUUCGUACCUUCUUAGUAUGGCAAAAUGCCAUCAUUUACUUUUAAAUUUUGACUUUAUAUGCUAUUUAUUAACUAUUUGGUUAGCAGUACUAUAAUACUGGUAACUAAAUAUAUAUUUCAGAUAGAUGAAGAAGCUAGAAAAAAGGCAAAUUCCUGACUACCAGUUUAUACAGAAAUGCAUUCUUUUAGUUUUUAAAGUAAAGGCAAACUUAACAAUGACCUGUACUCUGAAAGUUUUGAAAACGUAUUCAAACAGUUUGAAUAUAAAUGUAUCACUUAAUUCAAAAAAUUUAUAGCAACAUCUCGAGGCCCUAGCAUUUCUCCUUGGAUAGGGGACCAGAGGGGGCUUGGAAUGCUGCAAAAAAAAAAAAAAA